AAACUUUUGAUUUUCUUUUCACCGCACCAUCAAACAGCAACUAUCGUCUUUGCAUGCUGCUGCUUCCCACCUAGUCUUGUCUUAUUUGCUGCUACUAGCUAGACCCUCAUGCAUGGUUACUAGACUUUUCAGACUACCGUUGCAAAUCUUCAAUAUUUCCAAUUCCCUCCACCUCAUGUCUUUACAAUGGCACGACUCAACGAGCCAAUGGUGUCAACAGACAGCGUAGAAACGCUGCGCAGAAAGUUCUUGCGACAAAAUAGAGAUAUCGCCCGAGUGAAUUCAACUCAGUCCCUUAAAAUACGUACCUUAGAGAAUGAAUGCGUCCGCCUGUUAUCCGAAAAUCUUGAUCUCCGAGGUCAAAUACUGCGACUGCAAACAGAACUGGAAGAUAGCAGAGCGCAAAGGAUCGCCAACCAUGCUCUCAAGAUCAAGGAGAAAAUGGAGGCUCAACUGGCAGAAUGGGGAACUAUGCUUGCGAGUUUAGGACAUGAACCUGCCCCGAGAGUUCGAUCGCCUAGAGAACCGAAGAGAUUGAAGCGUAGGUCAAGCAUUGGACGUGUCAGUAUGUCCGAAUGGAGGAGAAGAGAUACUGUAAGCUCGAUGAAAGACUUGGAAGCUGCAGCUCUCCAAGAAGGCAGACUUGCACCCAUCUGGGAAAAUAAAACAUGUCCACGUGAAACACUCAACCGAGAGGAAAUCCUCGCAUUACGCGCCGUCGUUGAUGACACCGAUGACUCUCCAGAUCUUGGACCCCCACCAGUAUCACGCUACGUCGACGAAGAUCCCGUCAAGAUUGAUUUACCCCCGAGACAUGCCGCAUCCACUUCAGAUUAUGCGUCUCUAGAGAAGGCAUCAUCUGAUCCCCAGCUUCAACACACGGAGUCAACGCCCUCUCCUAAGAAGGGUAAAACGAUACACGAAUCAAGCAACGAUGCGCUUGACAAUCAUAAUGAGCUAAUUGAGCCGAAAACCAUGGACACAGCCGAAUCCCAACCUACAGCUCAAGUUACUAAGGCCAACUUGAAGAGAAAGUUGAGAGAGGAGGAUGAGAAGGAGAAUACCGUGAUGUCUAGACCACCGACCCGAGGUAUUGACAUAGCAAAGGACCAACCGGAGAAAGUAGCAAACCUCAAGACCCAUUCCAACAGGCCGAUUAAGCUUCCCUCAAACCGGAGGGAUAUCCGGGACAAAUCAUCCGGCUCUGUAACUCAAAGGAAACCAUUAGGCGCCAAAAGCACAAACGAGCAUCUUAAGUCGCCCAGAAAGGCAGCGAAGCCUUCAGCUUUAGAAGAAGUCACCAAGGAAGAUCUCAAGAGAAGAAAGCCUGCAUCAGUUGAGAUCCCGGUCCCUGAACCACAACCAGUAUUGGUCGCGAGUGUAGAAAUCGAAACCGAGACACUUUCUGCGGAACCCAACUUAGCCGUCCCCGAAACGCCGGAAGCGACACCGAGGGAAGAAGCACGGGAUACACCCCCUCCUACUGAUAUUUCCUCUAGGGGGGAAACAUCGCGAGGUAGCCGUAGAGCUAGGGCAGCAGUUAGUUAUGCUGAGCCCAACCUUCGGGAUAAGAUGAGACGGCCUACGAAGCAGCUCUUCGACGCCGUGUCAGGCGAGGGCAAGCACAUUCGACGAACUAGUCAGUCGAAGAAAGAAGAAUUUCCCUCUUCUAACCCAUCAUCAGUAGUUAAGUCCGAGGAGAAGCUAGGAUCGUGGAAGGAUCUUCCAUCAGAUCGUAGCAUGUCGAGACCGAGUCUAGACGUUAUGGCUAGUCCCCUAGCACGAAAGGGCUCGAAGCCCUCUUCUGACGACUUGUCCACAAGCGUAUCUGGUUCUAGCGGCGAGAGCAAUACAACAACGAAGACAAGCUCCCGAACGGGUGGUCGCCGCGUGGACGAGAUCGCAGCGCGGGAGGCUGAGGUAGCUAAAAUAUUUGAUAACGAGGCCGACGUUUACGAAUUCCCUAGUUCGUCACCGAAGGACGGCUCGAAGCGGACGGCAACAACGGAGGAGACUUCCAAGAAAAGAAGUACCAAGGGAUCCCGCCAAUCGAGAUCAAGGCGAUUAUCAUCGAUGGCCCGCGAAGACCUGGAGCUAGACGGGGAAAGCCAGCAUCACGAGAAGGGACCGAAGAGCGGAGGUUCAUCCACGAGACGAGCAAGUAUGGCCGCAUCGAAAGAGUCGAAAAUGGAUAUUGAAAACACAGGACAUGACAAUUCCUUGGAGGGAGACAGCUUAAAAUAGCUCCUCCUCCGGAGAUCUGGAUACCUCGGUACGGGACAGGGCCUCGAUGAGGCGGAGGAGUAUGAUGUUAUGAGAUGGAAAAGACAAAAAGGACAAGCCCUGCUGCACUGCACUAUGAUGAUGAUUCGUACGGUCGUUUUG